UAUAAACUUCACUUUGACCUGUUUCUUCGUGUUUAUCUUUUCUUUGUCAAAUUAUCAAACAUGCCAACUUGGAAAACUGUUACCGUUCCAAACGAACCCACUCCCAACCUUGUCGUGGUUAGCCAUAUCUCGGCUGCAUCGUCUGAGAAGACCAUCUUGGACUUCUUCCAGUUCUGUGGAAAGAUUAAGGAGUUCGAACUCACCAAGGAUGAUGACGAAAAACACCAAAUCGCUUUGAUCUACUUCGAACGCGAGUCUGCCGCCAAGACUGCUGUUCUACUGUCCAACGCUCUGAUCGAUGACUCUCACAUCGCUGUUGCCCCUUACUUUGAGACUACUGCACCUACCGCCGAUAAGGAUGAGGAAGAGACUACCCAAGAAGGAAAGCCAAAGACCAAGAUCUUUGCUGAACUCCUUGCUCACGGUUAUAUCAUUCAGGAUCAAGUUGUCGCCAAGGGUUUGGAAUAUGACAAGAAGUAUGCUGUUCAAUCCAGAGUUACCUCAUAUCUCAACGGACUUCAAACUCGCGCCAAGCAACUUGAUGACAAGUAUCGUAUUUGGGGAAAAGCUCUCGAGUUAGAUCAAAAGUAUAAGAUUCAAGAGAAGGCUCAAGCUACAUUCAAUGCUGCUCAUGCUAAAGCCCAAGAGGCUCUCAACACCCCUACUGGCCAAAAGGUUCAAACUUUGGCCAACCAGACCAUCGCUCAGGUUACUGCCGUCCAUCACGAAGCCAAGAGAAUCCAGACUGAGAAGGUCGGUACUCCUGCUACCUCUGCUGCUCCCGCUGCUGCUCCCGCUUCUGAGCCAACCGCUGAAAAUGAGAAGACCGCUUAAAUUUGAUAUGAUUUACAAAGUCUUUAUUCAUCUAGAAACUAGCUUAAUUAUAAUAGCCAGUCUACCAAUGACUGCCCUAUUGUAUAUCCAAGAAGAUGUUAUCACCUUCUGUAUAUUCCCCUAUAUCUUUGGCCCAGGCCAUCUUCAAUAAAAAAUCGAACCGAUCGGUUCCCAAAUGGCGCAC